AUGCCGGCAUAUCGACUGCGAAAACUGCUGUUCCUUGGCGCAACAGGUGACUUCCUCAUUGGUGAGAUUGUUUCUCAAGUCUACUUCCUCUAUAAUAUCAUCUCUUUCAUGGAACAGCCGACACAAAUUGUGCUUGAUGAACCUAUUUCAGUGCCAAAGAACUACCAACACAUCCUGGCCUUAGCAUUUGCUGUCAAAGAGAUAAAUGAAAAUCCCAACAUCAUAUCAAAUAUGUCCCUGGGGUUCCACAUCCUCAAUAGUUACUACACUGCAAGAAUGACCUAUAAAGCUACUUUGAGCCUGGUUUCCACACAACAUAGGUUUGUUCCCAAUUUCAUGUGUGACAACCAGAACAACCUCAUGGCUCUCGUUGGAGGAGGUAUCUCUGAAAUCUCUGCCAAUAUGGCUGUCUUAUCAGCGGUCCACAAGAUUCCACAGAUGGUUCCAAAUGAAGCCAAACAGCACAUGGGAGUUGUGCGGUUACUUCAGCAUUUCAGAUGGACAUGGAUUGGGCUUUGGGCUGUGGAUGAUGACAAAGGGGACAGCUUUUUACAGACAAUGAUCCCAAUGCUUUCCCAGAGUGACAUCUGUUAUGCUUUCAUAGUAAGAAUACCAAAAUGGAAUUACAUGGAUGAGAUGAUAGAAAUUGCCUUACAGCAUUUUGAAAGCUAUGCAAUUAUCUUUCAGGGAAACCCCAGUAAGAUUCAUGACUUUCUAAGUAACAUCUUAUUCAACAACAGUGCUGGAGACACUGUGCAUUUUGAUGAAAAUGGAGAAUUAGUUGAAGGUUUUGAUGUUACAAACUGGGUGAUGUUCCUCAAUGGCUCAGUGGGUAGAAUAAAAGUUGGAAGAUUGGAACCUCAGGCUCCUCCAGGCAAGGAGUUCAUAAUUCAUGAAGAUCAAAUUGUCUGGCAUUCCAGCUUUAAUCAGGUGCUGCCCCUUUCUGUGUGCAAUGACAACUGCUAUCCUGGAUUCAGCAGGAAAAAGAGGGAGGGGGAGAAAUUUUGCUGCUAUGAUUGUGCUCCUUGUCCAGAAGUGAUGAUCUCUAACGAGAAGGAUAUGGAUGUCUGUGUCAGAUGUCCAGAAGACCAGUAUCCCAACAAGGAUCAAACUCAAUGCAUUCCCAAGGUUGUAAACUACCUCUCUUACAAUGAAAAUGUAGGGAUCAUCUUAUCUAUCUUGGCUAUUUCUUUAUCUUUGAUCACAACUUUAGUACUUGGAACUUUUGUGAAGCAUAAGGACACUCCCAUAGUCAAAGCCAACAACCGGACCCUCACCUACAUCCUCCUCAUCUCUCUUCUCCUUUGCUUCUUGUGCUCCUUGCUCUUCAUUGGACAACCUGGAAAGGUGGUCUGUCUUUUCCAGCAAAUGGCUUUUGGCAUCAUCUUCUGUGUGGCCCUUUCCAGCAUCUUAGCAAAAACUAUCACUGUAGUUCUGGCAUUUAUGGCAACCAAACCAGGAUCCAGGAUGAGGAAAUGGGUGGGGAAAGGACUGGUAAACUCUAUUGUCCUUUCCUGUUCCUUUAUUCAAGCUGGCAUUUGUACUCUGUGGUUGAGUACUUCCCCACCAUUCCAAGAUGCAGACAUGCAUUCUGUGAAUGGGGAAAUAAUAUUGAAAUGUAAUGAGGGUUCAGCCACCAUGUUUUACUGUGUUUUGGGCUACAUGGGCUUCCUGGCCAUUAUUUGCUUCAUAGCGGCUUUUCUUGCCAGAAAGUUACCUGACAGUUUUAAUGAGGCUAAGUUUAUUACUUUUAGCAUGUUGGUGUUUUGCAGUGUUUGGUUGUCCUUUCUCCCAACCUAUGUGAGCACCAAAGGAAAAUAUAUGGUAGCUGUGGAGAUUUUCUCCAUCUUGGCCUCCAGUGCUGGGUUACUGGGUUGCAUCUUCUUCCCCAAGUGCUACAUCAUUGUGCUGAAGCCUGAACUGAACAACAGGGAGCAAAUAAGGCUGAACCUGCCACCGCAAUCUGGUUUGCAAGCGUGUGUUGCAGCCCCCAAUUGCAACAUUAUGUAUCAGCCUGGGGAUAAAAUUCCCAGUGGCAAUGGCAAGGAAGAAGAAUCAGGAAGAGCAGAGGCAGAACCUGGCUGCCAAGGAGCCACUGCCACAGAUAGCCAGGGAAGUUGA